AUGCCAGCAAGAACAAUCCCACCUUCGGCCUCCACAACAUGGCCUGCGGGCUGGCCUUCAUUCAUACCCAAGGACAACGACCCGAGCGACACGUUCCAACUGGAAUUGAAGAGGUCUUUGGUUGCUGAGUAUGGCGCAGACAACCUCGAGCAAGCAUGGAUCAAGACUUGCAACAAGUUGAAGGAGAUAACAUCGAGGAUCGCCCGGCAAGGAUCAUCGGCAGUACCAGUACUCACCUAUGACCAAGACACCGGUUGCUUCAUCGUUCGCGACGUGAUUCCGCAUAACGAAGCCACGGACUGCUUUGAAGAUCUGCAACAAUUCAUGGCGGACAACGGGGAAAAUAUCACAGGUUGGCCGGCCAAGAAUCCUGCCAUUUUCCACCUCUAUUCCUCACCCGUGCAGCUCAAAUUGCGUACUCACCCCCGCCAACUCAACUUGCAGUAUCUCAUCAACUCACUGUUUUCUGAUGGCACGCUGAAGACACCAGAGGAGCAAUCCGCGCAGUUGCUGCCGGUCCUGUAUCCAGAUGCAUUGCGUAUUCGCCAACCGGGCCAGGAUUUCCUGGGAUUAGGACCACACAUCGAUGGGGGAAGCCUCGUGCGCUGGUGUGACGGUCCGUAUAGCCUGACAUACUCGAGAAUCCUGUCUGGCAAGCCGGAAGAAUAUGAUCCGUACGACUUGACACACCGACGUGCAGCAAAUUCCUCCUUGUUCCCUGGCGGUGCCCAAUGCAGCGUACUUCGUGGGUUUCAGGGCUGGACAGCGCUGACGUCGUGCGCUCCAGGCGAAGGAGGCCUCAUGUUGCUACCUGAUAUUCAGGCGGUGACCGCGUAUAUGAUUCUUCGACCUUUCUUCAAGCCGCCCCCGGAAGAAUGCGAUCUGCUGGAUCCGGAGAGUUGGACCAUUGAUACCGAAACAGGUUGGUUUCCUGGCACAUACCGCUGGGACUCACAGCUGCUUUCUCCAGCUUCACACCCACACUUAUGCCUUGAACAAACGCUUGUCAGUGCGCCACGUGUUGAGCCGGGCGACACUAUUUGUCGAGACCUCACACAAGGGGAGGGAGCCGGCCUCUGUUGUAUAUAUCCCUGCGGCGCCGUCAACACCAAAAAACAAGGAGUAUAUCCGAAGUUAUUGGCGGGACCUAUUGGAAGGGAAUCCUCCGGAGGAUUACAAGUACCUGGAUGGUGCAGGCCCGGAGCUGGUGCUGAGUACGCAAAAUGA